AUGUCCACUCCCACAGCCAAUGCUGCCGCGAGCACCUCGGCAUCCACUCGCGAUCGCGGCGACCAGAUCCUCUCGGCCAAGAAAAAGCUCAAGAGCUACCGCGCAAAGCAGGCGCUCAUGGCCCAGAAGCGCUCCUCCAUUUCUUCCUCCCACUCGCGCACAGAGUCUGGCUCGCGCACCAACGACUCGGUCCAAUCAUCAGCGGUCGCACAAGCACUGUCGAAUCAGAUCGCUUCGCAAGCUUCCACUCCCACAGCCUCAUCCACAGAUACAGCACCAGCACACGCCCGCUCCGCAUCUCGCACCGGACACGCUCGAGGCCACUCCCGGGCUGGUUCCAUCUCCAUCACGCCCAACGCUCUCUGGUCCCAAGCGCAGAUCAUCGCCUCCUCGUCCACAGCAGCACAAUCACGCCCCACCUCCACCGUCGGGCCCUCGGUCGUGCACGCUCGCUCUCACUCUCGCUCGCAUUCCAGGAACCUGUCGCGCGCACGCCCCCUCAGCAUCGCCAUGCUCGGCGCCAAGAAGCAAGAUCCCGUCGUCCUUGCCAUCGAGCACAGCGCCGACACUGACGACACUGACGCUUCCACCUCGGCUCCCACCUCGGCAGACUCGGCGAACGUAGCCCCGCAGCGCCUCUCCCAACAGUAUCUCGACUCGGCCGCGCUCUUUGGUGGGCCCGCUACACCCAGCUUCCGUCCCGCCUCUUCCGCCUCGGCGAAACGUCUCAGCAACGUCAUCCCCGUUUCUCCUGCGCUCUUUGAUGGGGCUGCUGGUCGUAGCAAUACCGCCCCGAUCGCACCUUCUCCUUCCGCGCCCAACUCGCGACACUCGAGACGCAUCAGCCGUCACGCCCGCACUCCCAGCGUCUCCACAAAACGCGAGAGCAUGGAAAUCAUGGGAGGUCUCGGCGCCGGCCUUGGCCUCGACAUGCCGCCUGCUACAUCGCCCAUGCACGCCACCACAUCCACAAGGCGUCGCAGCUCGCGCAUGUCCAACCUCCCCUCUGCCAGCCUCCUCUUUGGCGCUCCCGAUUCCAGCUCCACCGCCACCACUGCCCCAGCCCGUGACGGCCUGCAGCAGUGGGACUGGAGAAAGGCUAUCGCAGAUGCCGCAGAGCAGGCAGACGAGAGCGCAGACGACCGCCUCACCGCACUCGAAAAGCUCGAGGGUCGCGCAGCUCCGGUUCAAAAGCCGCACACGGACUCCGCAUCGUCCGAGUCAAAAGGAUCUCGCGCAUCCAAGCGCCUCUCCAGCCAUGCGCGCACCGAGAGCAUCCAGAUCCCCAACCUCGACGAAAUCCACCAGAACGAGAUCAAGGAGCGUCGCGCAAGCUGGAACCAGCUCGCGGCGAGCUUCACCGAUGCUGCUGCCUCCACCCCGACCUCGGCCACCUUCGCGUCCACUUCGAGCCGCCGCCACAGCUGGGGCAUCAACAGCCUCGCUCCGCCCUCGUCCGCGCCGCUCCUCGCCGCCGGAUUCUCGUCGCCUGCAUUGUCGAGCUCGUACCUCGCAAGCCCUGCCAGGCCCGACUCGAUGAUCGCCCGAGCCGAGUCGCCGCAGCCCGAAGGUCUCGGCACGCUCAUGGAGGAGGAGGAGGAAGACGAUGCCUCCCCCACCCGCGAGCGCGCCAGCCUCGACAUGCCCACCGACGGACGCACUUCGGCAGAGCACGAGCUACGCAAGCAGCGCCGCGAGGCCGAGGACGAGAUCGUCAAGCGCAACCGACGCACCAGUCUCGCUCCCAAGCCGCUCAAGCUCAAGUCGCGCCCGCCCAGCCUCUACCUCACCCCCUCGCAGCGCAAUGGCCUCGUCACCAGCCCCUCGAUGCCCAACUUUGCCAUCUCUCCCUUGCUGCCCGCUUCCAUCGCCGACGAGGCCACUCCCAAGGCGGCUCCUGCUGUUUUGUCCGACACCGACGUCUCGCAGUCCGAGACCACCGACUCUCUGCCCAGCCGCAGUGCGACCUGUCCGGACCUGUCCAAGAUCGUGCAGUCGCCGGAAGAGGACAGCACCGACUCUGUCCUCCAGGCGCAGUCCGAGCCCGCGAACGCGCCAGCUGCACAGGCAAGCGCGACUGUAUCCAAGGCCCACACUGCGCCAGCGGACGAGCAGCGUCGGCUCGAGGAGCUGCAGCAGCAGAUCCUCCGCGACCACCGUCGCUCGUUCAUCGCUCCCUCCGCCGCGCCUUCUACGACACCUUCCACCGCCGAGUCGGGCUCCGCUUCUUCGGCAAGCUCGUCGUCGCGCCAGGGCAUGCGCACCUUGCGUCUCGGCAGCCAGGCUUCGCUCGCUGCCAUCAUGGAGUCGGGCGCAUCCUCCGGUUCUGGGGCCAGUGUCGCAUCCGUAUCCGCAUCUGCUCAGCGCCGACGCAGCCUCAUCAUGGGCCCUAGCACCGCCUCGCUCGUCUCCGGCUCGUCGUCGCGCGACAGCGAUUUCGCUGCGGCCCUCGCCGGCUCGAGUGGCUCGAGCCGCGCCGCGCGACGUUCGUCGAUCAUCUACAAGCCCGCGACUGCCACGGUGCCCGAGUCGUCGUCGCCGCACUCGGCGUCCGACUCCAUCGUCAGCCUCGGAGGCGUGCCGCUUGCUGUGCACGACGAGCUCAAGCUCAAGGCGAACCGCGAUGCGGCGCUGCUCGAGUCCACCAAGAAGCAGGUCGAGACGCUCGAGCGCGAACUUGCCAACGAGACCGAUCGUGGUGCGCGCGAGCGUGCCGAGCUCGAGCAGUGGAACAUGGACAAGGAGGAGCAUCUCUUCGAUCGCGCGCAGCGUGCAGAGACUGCAGCGAGCCAUGCCGAGCAGGCGGCCGCUGCGCUGCGCGCCGAGCUCGACCAGGCCAAGGAGCAGCUCGAGGACCUGCACGCCGAGCGCGAGGUGCUCCAGGACGACAUCGAGGGGUGGCGAUCGCGCUGCCAGGACCUCGAGAAGACGCUGCGCACGGAAAAGGUCAAAUCGGACGAUGCGCGUAAGCUGCGCGCAGCAGCGCGUCUGCGCAUCAAGCAGCUCACCGAUGCGAUCGAACGCACGGGCGCCGAGGUGCCCGCUGACGACCUCGGCGUUUUGGCCGCGCUCGACCAGCCCCAGAUCGACCUCGCUGCGGUCCUCAGGAGCCCUAACCUGGGUGCGGUCAGCCCGAACCUCAGCGCCACGCCCCGUCUCUCGCCGAGCAUCGGAAGCGAGGAGGCCCCGCCUCAGAUCACCAAGCUGCUCGCCGACAUGCGCCAGCAGAUCUUCAACCUCGCCGGCAGCCUCGAGCACGAGCGCAAGCAGCACCUGCAUUCCAAGGAGGAGAUCGCGCGCCUCCAACAAGAGGCCCAGCAGCCUAUCGCAAAGGCUGGCGUCGAGCAGAGCUUCAGCUCGGCAGACGAAAGCCGCGACGGUACCUACUCGAACUCGGACUCGUUCAGCUCGGCGCGACGAUCGAGCGGCGUGCUGGGCAAGAACAAGCGCCACGUGUUUGCGUACGACUCGAGCAUGGGCAGCUUUGGCCAAUCGCAGAGCAGCGCCUCGCUCUCCAUGACCGCCACCGACGACACGGCGGUCACCGACAACGAGUCGGAUCUGUCGGACUCGUUUUCGACCAAGCUGCCCGCGUCCGCGUCUGACAGCGAGCUGGUGGGGCUCGGCAUGGGCAGUUUGCAGACGCUCGACGAGAUCGAGGAGGUUUCCGAAGUGUCUGAGAGCGUCGAGGGCAGCAACGGCACGCUCAGCGCCGCGCUCGACAAGAACUCCACCAUCGAUGCCCCGCACAGCCCGGCGUGGAUCGACGUCGAGGCGGGCAGCAUGGACGCCUGCCGCCCGAGCAUGGACAUGAGCGAGUCGAGCUUCGGCGCGUCGUACCAGGAUGCCGAGGUGGCACCGCCGACGCCCGAUCUGUACCGAUCCGGCGAGGGCUACCUCGGGCAUGCCGAGGGCUUUGGUGUGGCGGGUGCGGCGGUGAGCGCGGACCACAGCGUCAAUGCGUCGUCCGCGUCGAGCUCGGGCGAGAGCCAUGCGGCGCCUUCGACUCCGCCGCCGCACGCUCGACUGGCCGAAGCCGAGCAGGUGCGCAGCCCGUCGCCGCGGCCCGAAUUCCACCGCGAUUGGAGCUUCGAGUGGGGCAAGUCCCGCUCGCGCCAGCUUGCGAGUUCGCAGGACAGCGUCGAGGACUUUUUCGGCAUCCUGCGCGAGGACCGUCUGCCGGCGCUGAGCACGUCGGACGAGGCGCUGGACCUGCCGCCCAUUGUCGUGCAGGGCAACGGCGCGAUCCUGCCCACGGCGCGCAUCAACAAGGACGGCAAGCCCGUGUACGGUGGCGCGGCGACGCGCGCCGCGAGCGUUUGGGGAGGACGUCGCCCGCCGGUGGCGCGCUCGGCGUACCUGCGCGAGAGCUUUGACUCGACGGCGGCGGUGCCGCGGCCGGCGACGAGCAGCGCGCUGCAGCACGCGUACGGCCACGAGGCGCAUGCGUCGUCGGCAUCGAGCCUGGCGGCGCUCGGAUCGCGCGCGCUGAGCCGCAUGAGCCUGCAGGGCCUCACGGGCGCGUUUUCGGGCCUUAGCGGCUACCUGACCAACCAGUCCGGCGCCGCCGUCACCGCCGCCGCUGCCGCGACGCAGAUGUGCAAUGCGCAGACCAAGCCCGGAUUUGCGCCCGGCGCGUUCCCGCUGCACACGGACGUGCUCGAGGAGGAAGAGCGCGCGCCCGUGGGCUGGAUCACCCAGCGCCGGCUGGAUGAGGACGACGAGGUGCCGGCUAGGAGUCAGGCUGCGAGGCGGUAUGUGCGCAAGUCGGCCGUGCCGCCGCCCGCGCCCACCGCCGUGUGGCUGCUCGAUUUCGCCCGCUCCACAGCACAUGCUGGUCCGCUGUUCAAUCUUUGA